UCCGGUCACGUGUGAGCCCAGUCACGUGAGAGCCGGUCACGUGCCGCGCCCCGCAGGGCUCCGGACUCGGCGCUCGGCUUCCGCAGACCUGCGGGCCUCGGCGGGUGGGGUCGUGGCUGCCUGCCUCGGAGCCUGCCGGACUGCACGACCGGGAUGAUGAACCGGACGACCCCGGACCAGGAGCGGGCGCCGGCGUCCGAGCCCGUGUGGGAGCGACCCUGGUCGGUGGAGGAGAUCCGUAGGAGCAGCCAGAGCUGGUCGCUGGCGGCUGAUGCGGGCCUACUACAGUUUCUACAGGAAUUCUCACAGCAGACUAUCUCUAGAACCCAUGAGAUCAAGAAACAAGUGGAUGGUCUAAUCCGGGAAACUAAAGCAACAGAUUGUCGCCUGCAUAAUGUCUUCAAUGAUUUCCUUAUGCUGUCUAAUACCCAGUUCAUUGAGAAUCGUGUAUAUGAUGAAGAGGUGGAGGAGCCGGUGCUCAAAGCUGAGACAGAAAAAGCAGAACAGGAGAAGACCCGGGAACAGAAAGAAGUAGAUCUGAUUCCUAAAGUUCAGGAGGCUGUGAACUAUGGUUUACAAGUACUAGACAGUGCAUUUGAGCAACUAGAUAUAAAAGCAGGAAACUCAGACUCCGAAGAAGAAGAUGCCAAUGAACGAGUGGAACUGAUCCUUGAACCAAAGGAUCUAUACAUUGAUCGUCCUUUACCUUAUUUAAUUGGGUCAAAGCUAUUCAUGGAGCAGGAAGAUGUAGGUCUCGGAGAGCUGUCUAGUGAAGAGGGGUCAGUAGGCAGUGACCGUGGCAGUAUUGCAGACAGUGAAGAGAAUGAAGAAGGGGAGUCGGAUGAAGAUUUUGCUAAUCAUAGUGACAAUGAUCAAAACCGGCCUACUGCACAAAUGAGUGAUGAAGAAGAGGAUGAUGAUGGUUGUGACAUUUUUGCUGAUUCUGAGAAGGAGGAGGAAGAUAUUGAGGACACUGAAGAAAAUACUAGACCUAAAAAAAGUAGACCUACAUCAUUUGCUGAUGAGCUGGCAGCUCGAAUCAAAGGGGAAGCUACAAGCCAGGUGGAAGAGGAGCGAACAACCUUGUCCCCAGGAGAAGCAAAACCUUGGAAGACAUUGAAGGAGAAGAAGGAAAGGAGAACUCCCUCAGAUGAUGAAGAGGACAACUUAUUUGCACCCCCCAAGCUGACAGAUGAAGAUUUCUCCCCAUUUGGCUCUCGAGGUGGCUUGUUCAGUGGAGGAAAAGGACUUUUUGAUGAUGAGGAUGAGGAGCAGAGUGACCUCUUCACAGAAGCCCCUCAAGAUCGGGAAGCCCAAACCUCAGUUACUGCAGUGUCUUCAUCCUCCAAACCUGGAAAGAAAAUCCCAGCAGGAGCUGUUUCUUUGUUUUUAGGGGACACUGAUGUGUUUGGCACCACCUCUGUUCCAUCAUUGAAGGAGCCCCAGAAGCCCAAGGAGCCCCAGAAGCCUGAGCAGCCCACUCUAGGGAAAAGCUCUUACCCUCCAGCACCCUCUGGCCUCUUUGAUGAUGAUGAUGAUGAUGAUGAUGAUGACUUUUUUGCGGCAUCUUGCAGCAAACCUUCCAAAACAGAGAGAGAGAGAGGCAGAGACACAGGCAGAGGGAGAGGCAGGCUCCAUGCACCGGGAUCCCAACGUGGGACUCGAUCCCGGGCCUCCAGGAUCACGCCCCGGGCCAAAGUCAAAUCCACUGCCAGUAUCUUUGAUGAUGAGGAAGGAGAUCUGUUCAAAGAAAAAGCAGCUGCUUUGCCAGAAGCCACAGUGAAUCAAACAGAUGAAAAUAAAGCAAAGGCAGAGAAAAAGGUUACCCUUCCUUCCAGCAAAAAUUCCAAGCUCUUGCCAGAAACAAAGACUCAAAAAGGUUUAUUUUCAGAUGAAGAUGACUCUGAGGAUUUGUUUUCUUCUCAAAAUGUGAGUAAGUCAAAAGAUGCAUCUCUGCUGCCUAGCAAACUCCCCACGUCGGUCUCGCUUUUUGAUGAUGAUGAUGAAGAGGAUAAUCUUUUUGGGGCAACAACUGCUAAGAAGCAGUCAUCAUUUCUUCUAACUCAGAGCCAAGAGAAAGCUAAACCAUCUGAGCCUUCCAGGAAGAAAGCAUCUGCCUUGCUGUUCAGCAGUGAUGAGGAGGACCAGUGGAAUAUUACUGAUUCACAGAGGAACUCCGCGUCUGAUAACAGGUCUAAACAUAAGGACUCUGGCACCACUCAGGAACAGGAUGCCAAGGCUCUCAAAAAGACCAGCCUCUUUGAGGAGGAUGAUGAAGAUGAUCUGUUUGCUGUUGCAAAGGAUAGCCAAAAGAAGACCCAGAGAGUGUCACUUCUCUUUGAAGACGACGCUGAUAGCGGAAGCUCUCUCUUUGGCUCUCCUGCAUCUGUUCCUCCUACAACGAAAAAGGAGACUGGCCCUGAGGUGCCUUCUUUGCUGUUCAGCAAUGAAGAAGAGAAGGGGGCACCAUUUGGAGUGAAACCUGUGGAUAAGAAGGUUGAGGGUGCCGUAGAAUCGUCAGAAUUGGGGAGCACUCCUGUGGUUGAGGAGUCAGAAAAGGGAGGACCUUUGAUUGUAUCUACUCAAGAAGUAGUCAGGCAUUCUGAUUUAUUUUCUUCAUCAUCUCCUUUGGACAAAGGAACCAAAAGUAGAACCAAAACUGUUCUUAGUUUAUUUGAUGAGGAAGAGAAUAAAACAGAGGAUCAAAACAGCAUCCAAGCUCCAAAGAAAGAAGUAGGAAAGAGUCCUGAUCCUGGUGCUCGCCCAAAGAGCACAGGCGUCUUUCAGGAUGAAGAGCUCCUUUUCAGUCACAAGCUCCAGAAGGACAAUGACCCAGAUGUUGACCUUUUUUCCGGCACCAAGAAAACCAGGUUAUUAGAGCCAAGUGUUGGGAGCCUGUUUGGGGAUGAUGAAGAUGAUGAUCUUUUCAGCCCUGCCAAGUCACAGCCUUUGAUAUCAGAAAAGAAGAGGUUAGUGAAAAAAGACCACUCUGUAUCCUCUUUCAAGAACCAGAAACAUCCUGAAUCCACUCAGGGUAUCAAAGAAAAAAGCACAUUGAAACCGGAAACACCUCAGGACUCACCAGGUCCCGCUCCAUUUAAAACCAAAGAGCCAUCCCCUCGGAUCUGGAAAAUACAAGCAAAUUUAGCGAUUAAUCCAGCAGCCUUGCUGCCUGCAGUGGCUCCCCAGAUCUCUGGAAUAAAGCCUGUUUUGCCAGAAUUGGCUUUUCCUUCUUCUGAACCUGAGAGGAUCCACAGUCUGGAAAGUAUGCCCACUCUUCCCAGUAGUGGGGAGGCCGGUGUGAGUUUUGAUCUUCCAGCUCAGGCAGACACGUUACACAGUGCAAACAAGAGCCGCGUCAAAGUGAGAGGGAAGCGCAGACCGCAGACACGUGCGGCUCGGAGAUUGGCUGCCCAGGAGUCCAGUGAGGCUGAAGAUGUGAGUGUGUCCAGAAGAUCCAUUGCAUACUUGACAGAUGGCGACGUUUCACCAGGUGAUCUUCAGCCACAGCCCAGGGCAGCUGGCAGACAAGACAUCUCUGAGGCAAUUGCCACUCCAACUUGGGCAGGUGGUCCUUUGUCUGUAGUGGACAGAAGCCCCUUUGCAAAAUCUCUGGGUCAGCCUCUUGAGGAUGACCUUUUUGAUUCUGGAGAUAUCUUCUCCAAGGAUACUGGAUCUCAGUCUACGGGGAGAAGAAAAGCCAAGGCAAAGGCAGCAGAGAGCCUGGCCAACACACCAGGGGGAAGUAAAGAAAAAAGCCUCAUGUUUCCUGCCUUAGAUGAGGCAGGCAGUGAUGAUGACCUGUUCCAGUCUAUUAAACCAAAACCAGCAAAGAAAACGAAUCCUUUUCCCCUCCUGGAAGAGGAAGAUGAUCUCUUUACAAAUCAGAAAGGCAAGAAGAAUGAGUCAAAAUCCAACAGUCAACAGGAUGUCCUCUCAAAAGCACAAGAUAUUUUUGAGGAUGAUAUAUUUGCUACAGAAGCAAUUAAACCUUCACAGAAAAUAAGAGACAAGGAAAGAACAUUUGAAUCCAACCUAUUUGAUGAUAAAAUUGAUAUCUUUGCUGACCUAACUGUAAAACCAAAAGGAAAGUCCAAAAAGAAAGUGGAAGCUAAGUCUAUAUUUGAUGAUGAUAUGGAUGAUAUUUUCUCCUCUGGUAUCCAGGCUAAGACAACCAAAGCAAAAAGUCGAUCUGCACAGGCAAUGCCUGAACCAAGAUCUGAACAGAAGGUGUCUGACAUAUUUGAUGAUCCCCUGAACGCCUUUGGGGGCCAGUAGAGCAUACAGGGUAUCAACAUCUCACCCUUCAGUUACAUCCUUGAGUUAAUGAUGCUGUCUUACGUACUCAUUGUCUUAAUUGGGUUAGAAAAAGCAAAUACUGAAACAACCUCACCUCUUUCUCACCCAACAUGCUUAAUUUUUUUCUGCCUUGGUUUUAAUCAUGCUUAGUACUGCAAAACAAAAAUAAAUAUUUCACAAUGUUUUUUUUUUUAAACUAUAUUUUUAUUUAAUUAGCCCUGAUGGAGCCACAGUAUGAUUUAGGGCAUGUUGGAGGAGAAACCUCUGUGUGCCUUUAAUGGAUGGGCAAGGAAUUCCAGAGGAAGCAAUGCUAGACAGAUGACCAGGAGUAUUCCUUUCAUGGAUAUCAUCCCUAGCUUAGAGCCUAGGGAGGUGAUAAAGGAAGAGGAUGAGAGAUUAUAUACUUCUCAUGACUCUUUACAGUAGGUAAGGAGGUUUCCUUGGAUUCCACUGAAUUCUAAAUGCUUCUAUAGGUCAAUUAAUGUAAGGUUUGGCAAACUGUGGCCCUCUGGUCUGUUUUUGUAAAUAAAGUUUUAUUGGAACACAACCAUACCCAUUCAUUUA